AUGGAGGAGGAGAUGUGGAGAACGGAGGAAAAUAAGUCAGUUUUCUUUCAGUCGGUAGAUUAGAAGGUUAUUCUGAGUUUGUCUUUUGUUGUGGAGCUGGAAUGCCUGACCAUGUCCAGUCAGCCAUCCUGCCGAAUGUGUCAUAGGACAGUUUGAAUUGGCUUUUUCACUCCCCUAGUCCCCAGGUGACAGUCAGCCAGACCCCAGGUGACAGACAGUCAGCCAGACCCCAGGUGAUGUAUAGUCAGACCCCAGGUGACAGACAGUCAGCCAGACCCCAGCUGACAGUCAGCCAGACCCCAGGUGACAAUCAGCCAGACCCCAGGUGACAAUCAGACAGACCCCAGGUGAUAUAUAGUCAGACAGACCCCAGGUGAUAUAUAGUCAGACCCCAGGUGACAGUCAGCCAGACCCCAGGUGACAAUCAGACAGACCCCAGGUGAUAUAUAGUCAGACAGACCCCAGGUGAUAUAUAGUCAGACCCCAGGUGACAGUCAGCCAGACCCCAGGUGACAAUCAGACAGACCCCAUGUGAUAUAUAGUCAGCCAGACCCCAGGUGACAAUCAGUCAGUCAGACCCCAGGUGACAUAUAGUCAGACAGACCCCAGGAGACAAUCAGACAGACCCCAGGUGAUAUAUAGUCAGACAGACCCCAGGUGACAAUCAGACAGACCCCAGGUGACAGACAGUCAGCCAGACCCAGGUGACAAUCAGCCAGACCCAGGUGACAUAUAGUCAGACAGACCCCAGGUGACAGUCAGUCAGCCAGACCCCAGGUGACAGUCAGUCAGCCAGACCCCAGGUGACAGUCAGUCAGCCAGACCCCAGGUGACAGUCAGUCAGCCAGACCCCAGGUGACAGUCAGUCAGCUAGACCCCAGGUGCAGUCAGACAGAACCCAGGUGCAGUCAGUCAGCCAGACCCAGGUGACAGACAGUCAGCCAGACCCAGGUGACAGUCAGUCAGCCAGACCCAGGUGACAGUCAGUCAGCUAGACCCCAGGUCCAGUCAGUCAGACCACAGGUGACAGUCAGUCAGCCAGACCCCAGGUGCAGUCAGUCAGCUAGACCCCAGGUGACAGACAGUCAGCCAGACCCAGGUGACAGUCAGUCAGCCAGACCCCAGGUGACAGUCAGUCAGCCAGACCCCAGGUGACAGUCAGUCAGCUAGACCCCAGGUGACAGACAGUCAGCCAGACCCAGGUGACAGUCAGUCAGCCAGACCCCAGGUGACAGUCAGUCAGCUAGACCCCAGGUGACAGUCAGUCAGCCAGACCCCAGGUGACAGUCAGUCAGCUAGACCCCAGGUGACACUCAGAGUUGGAGAGGCACAGUUAUGUGUGGGUUAUAUCGUGAGUGUUUUUAAAAAUGCAAGAGUUGUGCCAUGCUUUACUAGAGUAGAAUCUGCCUGGGUCUCAAAAGUGGUCCAUGGCCACGUCUAGGUCCUAGUUAGCUUUAACAGUUAAUUGUAUUUAGCAGACGCUCUUAUCCAGGGCAAUUAGGGUUUAGUACCUUGCUCAAGGGCACAUCAACAGAUUUUUCACCUAGUCGGCUCGGGGAUUAGAACGAGCAACCUCUCGGUUACUGGCACAACGCUCUUAACCACUAAGCUACCUGCCCCCCAGUUAAAGUCUGAUACUCAGUUGAAGUCUGAACAGAGUGUCGGCAGUCAAUCUCUUUUGUGUUCACACAGCAAAGACCUUGGAUGUCGUCAGCCACUCAGCCUUGUUAAAAUACUCCAAACCAGAAGGUGGCAGUAGCGUUGAUUGGCAAUGCAUAUCUGUGUGUCUUGCUUAUGGUCUAGAUUCCAAGCUAUCUGCACUAAUGUUGCUAUUUUGUAGAAAGCCGUGGUUGAUACUAGCCAGAUGGCCACAUUUAGAUUACUACCUAGCAAGAUGAUAAAAAAACAAAAAUAAUUCAUUCACUCUACAAAAUCCCAUACUGCCAGUGCCAGACCCAACCCAUAGCCAAAUGUUGUGAUAGCUAGCUAAAGUUAGCAUAUUCGCUAGCUAGCACAACAGAGCUAGCUAGCUAAGGACACUGCACAAACUCGGCAGCUAUUACAGGUAGCUGUUUCAUGGAAACUAGCUAAUCCAUUGUGAUUUAAUUAUAAUGUCAGUACUAGCUACAGUGGUUAUCUAUCUUGGAGGAGGUAUUUAGUGUUGUGUGCAUUGUGUCUGUGCACUUAGCUAUCGACCGUCCCAUAGCCUACAUGUGAAGUGUGACUGGCUCAUCCGUGGAUGGACGGAGAAAAAUGCCUCUGUUUUUCUUUCUUUUUUGUUGGCUCCCCCUCAUGGGGGUUUGUGCUCUCUGAUUGGCUCAAAGUCAAGUUGUUGGCCACUGACGAGCAUUGCGAUUCUAUGGCUCUCCUAGAUUACUAAAAUCAACUCCACGAUUUACGAUGGAGUUGAGCGGCGACUAGUGUGGGCGGACUGGUGCUCCGACGUCACAUAAAAUUAUUUUUUUUAUCAAAAACUACGGAUUUCAGCACCCAAAGAAUAGCACACAGUUACACAUGACAAUGACGUCGGAGUUCCGGUUGAGUUUAGACAGCUGUGUCUCCUUGCUCUGAUGACGCUUCUAUAUCCCUUCUCUGAGGUACUAAGUAUAUUCAUUAUCCUUUAAUUGAUUUACAUUUUCUGAGGGACUAAGUAUAUUCAUUAUCCUUUAAUUGAUUUACAUUUUCUGAGGGACUAAGUAUAUUCAUUAUCCUUUAAUUGAUUUACAUUUUCUGAGGGACUAAGUAUAUUCAUUAUCCUUUAAUUGAUUUACAUUUUCUGAGGGACUAAGUAUAUUCAUGAUCCUUUCAUUGAUUUACAUAUUCCUUUAGUUGAAAUCUCAUCACCCAGAAGGAAUUUAUCCACUUGAUCAAUCAGUCAACCAAUCAAAUAUGGUCUAGAGUGAUUUAUUCAUUCAUUUACAUGUAUUCAAAUACUGCUUGAAUAGAAUCAAAUGUUAUUGGUCGUGUACACAGUUUAGCAGAUGUUAAAGCAGAUGUUAAUGCGAAAUGCUUAUGUUACUAGCUCGUAACGAUGCAGUAAUAUGUAAAAGAAUUAAAAUGUAAGGAAUACAAAAAUACAAAAAAAUACAAGAAAUUAAGAAUGGCGGGCUGAAUCUGAUGAACAUCCAUUAAAUCCAUGACAGAUGUGUGUUUGUUUUUAUCACCACUUUAUGUGGCAGGAAGCUUAGUGGUUAAGAGCGUUGUGCCAGUAACCAAAAUGUCACUGGUUCUAAUCCCCGAGCUGACUAGGUGAGAAAAAAAAUCUGUCGAUGUUCCCUUGAGCAAGGCACUUAACCCUAAUUGCUCAUGUAAGACGCUCUGGAUAAGAGCGUCUGCUGAAAAAUGUAAAUGAGGACAUAGUGCUUAAUAAUCACUUUUCUGCUGCUUGAUAUCAGUACAUAAAAGUAACUUCCGUUACCAUGUCCAUUGGGUAUUGAAGCCACCAACUUAAAAAUAUCCCUUGGCAAUCAUGAAUAUUUACAGAAAAAUCUUACAAUAAGACAGGAAAAUAUAUUUGUUUGUAGUGUUUGGAAAGUGUUUAUUUGGAAAGUGUUUGCAGUUAGCUAGUUAGGUAAUACUCUAUGCAUAAAGCUGUGGUGAUAAUGCAGAGUCACCAUUUUGAGGAACUAACAAAAAAUAUAUAAAAAAUAAACCAACCCUCUGUGUUCCAGAUUUCUCCUUGUCAUUGUUUUACUCCUGUGUUUGUAUGUGUCUUGUAUGUUGUAACGAGGUGCAUUGCCCCCCCCCCCCCCAUCCACUAAUCCACCCUCCCUUCAUCUUGUGUUCCAGAUCGAGGACAUGCAGUGGCCUAACGGAGAGAUAGAGAUUCCCAGCUCUGUGUGCAGUCUGCCCUGCAGGACAGGAGAGAGGAAGAAGACAGUGAAAGGCAUGCCGUGUUGCUGGCACUGUGAACCCUGUGAUGGUUACCAGUACCAGUAUGAUGAAACAUCCUGCAAGCUGUGCUCCUACAGCAUGAGGCCCAACCCAAACAGGUGACAGACAGCAACAUUAUAUAUAUAUAUAUAUAUUUUUUUUAAGUAUAGGGUUGCAAAAUUCCAGAAACUUUCCCAACAUUCCCAGGUUUUCUCCAACCGGGAUUUCUGGAAAACCCGUGAAUAUUGUGAACGUUUCAGGAAUUCUGUAACCCUAUAUAAGUCUGUAACAUUCGUGUGUCUUCCUUGAUAGCAUGAUGUUUUACAGUGCAGUACAGUAUUGCUUUUCUUCUUGUCGUCUGUAUAUGUUUUUCAAAAUUGUUGAAUGAACUUACUUAAAGGAGAAGUUUACUCAAAAUCCAGAAAGUCCCAUACAAUGAAGUGCAGCCAGGGACCGAACACCAGCCUUCUUUUUUUCAACUUUGUGAAACUAACUUUACCUGCGAUAUGAUAUAUACUCUAUCAACUUUCGCACCAGUUCAUUCUCCACCCCAAAGAAAUGUAAUCUGUGGCAUCAAGCUCCAUAUAAGGGCAUAUCGUGACGUUUCUACGUAGCAUGGUCUCCCCCACCAAGAGCGCACAUGCGCAUUUGUUACACAAUAUAAAAUAAUCACAAAUGUUUUAGGUGUAAAAUAACACAUUUCCUGACUUAAAACCGGUAGUACUUUUGACAAAAAUAGCUAACGAAUUUGUCCACACUUCGUGGAUUUCUGCAUCAUAAAUUCACUGGCAACAGAGCAGAGCAAGGCCUGCAUCCAGCAACAUCACGAAUCACGUGACCCGUUUUUUGCAGCUGUUUCAGUAAGGCACUAAAGGGAGAGAGAGGGGGAGAGGGCAAACUCCACUGAACUAGUUUCAAUAUAUGGAAUCACUUGGGAGUUUCUGGAUUUUGGCUAAACUUCACCUUAAAUCAAUCAAUGAAUAAAUCAUAUAAUCAACAGGACUGCAUGCCAGCUCAUCCCCAUCGUGAAGCUGGAGUGGCACUCCCCCUGGUCAGUGAUCCCCGUCUUCCUCGCCAUGCUGGGCAUCAUCGCCACCAUCUUCGUCAUGGCAACCUUUGUCCGCUACAACGACACGCCCAUCGUGCGUGCGUCGGGCCGUGAGCUGAGCUACGUCCUCCUCACCGGGAUCUUCCUCUGUUACAUCAUCACCUUCCUCAUGAUCGCCAAGCCUGAUGUCGCCAUCUGUUCAUUCCGACGGAUCUUCCUAGGUCUCGGUAUGUGUAUUAGCUACGCGGCCCUCCUCACCAAGACAAACCGUAUCUACCGCAUCUUCGAAGAGGGUAAGAAGUCGGUGACCGCACCCAGGCUGAUCAGCCCGACCUCCCAGCUGGCUAUUACUUCUUCCCUGAUCGCCAUUCAGCUCCUGGGGGUGUUUAUUUGGUUCGGGGUGGACCCCCCAAACACCAUCAUCGACUACGACGAACAGAAGACCGUCAACCCCGACCAGGCCAGAGGAGUACUGAAAUGUGACAUCACGGACCUGCAGAUCAUAUGCUCGUUGGGUUAUAGCAUCCUGCUCAUGGUCACGUGUACGGUGUACGCCAUCAAGACGCGGGGUGUCCCAGAGAACUUCAACGAGGCUAAGCCCAUUGGAUUCACGAUGUAUACCACCUGUAUAGUCUGGCUAGCCUUCAUACCCAUUUUCUUUGGGACAGCACAGUCCGCAGAAAAGGUAAGGUUGAUUUUAUGUUGUUUCAUAUUGUUAUAUUAUGACAUACCUUCAUCAUAAUCAUCAUCAUUGUUCGGCUGCCGAACAGUCAACUACAAGCUUUCUCCAGUAGCUAGGUUCAAGCCACUUGUCUACAUCCCCCAUCAUCAUGUUGUAUCACACAUCAUCCUUUGGUACAUUGGCUUCAACACUUUAACACUGUUAUUUUUUAUGUGCCAACCCAAGUAUCUGCAUACAUGGCAAGUGAGAAACAAACGUUAUUUAUUAUUGUCACAAUCAGCUCUAUUUCUAUGGCAUGUACAGUGUGACGUUGCUAUAAUUGGUAUGAAUAAAUAUAAAUAUAAAUAACACUAUAAAUAAUGUUGCCAUAAUUGGCCUGUUUGCUAGCUGAAGGUACAGUGAGGGAAAAAAGUAUUUGAUCCCCUGCUGAUUUUAUACGUUUUCCCACUGACAAAGAAAUUAUCAGUCUAUCAUUUUAAUGGUAGGUUUAUUUGAACAGUGAGAGACAGAAUAACAACAAAAAAAUCCAGAAAAACGCAUGUCAAAAAUGUUAUAAAUUGAUUUGCAUUUUAAUGAGGGAAAUAAGUAUUUGACCCCCUCUCAAUCAGAAAGAUUUCUGGCUCCCAGGUGUAUUUUAUACAGGUAACGAGCUGAGAUUAGGAGCACACUCUUAAAGGGAGUGCUCCUAAUCUCAGCUCGUUACCUGUAUAAAAGACACCUGUCCACAGAAGCAAUCAAUCAAUCAGAUUCCAAACUCUCCUCCAUGGCCAAGACCAAAGAGCUCUCCAAGGAUGUCAGGGACAAGAUUGUAGACCUACACAAGGCUGGAAUGGGCUACAAGACCAUCACCAAGCAGCUUGGUGAGAAGGUGACAACAGUUGGUGUGAUUAUUUGCAAAUGGAAGAAACACAAAAUAACUGUCAAACUCCCUCGGUCUGGGGCUCCAUGCAAGAUCUCACUUCGUGGAGUUGCAAUGAUCAUGAGAACGGUGAGGAAUCAGCCCAGAACUACACGGGAGGAUCUUGUCAAUGAUCUCAAGGCAGCUGGGACCAUAGUCACCAAGAAAACAAUUGGUAACACACUACGCCGUGAAUGACUGAAAUCCUGCAGUGCCAGCAAGGGCCCCCUGCUCAAGAAAGCACAUAUACAGGACCGUCUGAAGUUUGCCAAUGACAUCUGAAUGGUUCAGAAGAGAACUGGGUGAAAGUGUUGUGGUCAGAUGAGACCAAAAUCGAGCUCUUUGGCAUCAACUCAACUCACCGUGUUUGGAGGAGGAGGAAUGCUGCCUAUGACCCCAAGAACACCAUCCCCACCGUCAAACAUGGAGGUGGAAACAUUAUGCUUUGGGGGUGUUUUUCUGCUAAGGGGACAGGACAACUUCACCGCAUCAAAGGGACGAUGGAUGGGGCCAUGUACCGUCAAAUCUUGGGUGAGAACCUCCUUCCCUCAGCCAGGGCAUUGAAAAUGGGUUGUGGAUGGGUAUUCCAGCAUGACAAUGACCCAAAACACACGGCCAAGGCAACAAAGGAGUGGCUCAAGAAGAGGCACAUUAAGGUCCUGGAGUGGCCUAGCCAGUGUCCAGACCUUAAUCCCAUAGAAAAUCUGUGGAGGGAGCUGAAGGUUCGAGUUGCCAAACGUCAGCCUCGAAACCUUAAUGACUUGGAGAAGAUCUCCUGAGAUGUGUGAAAACCUGGUGGCCAACUACAAGAAACGUCUGACCUCUGUGAUUGCCAACAAGGGUUUUGCCACCAAGUACUAAGUCAUGUUUUGCAGAGGGGUCAAAUACUUAUUUCCCUCAUUAAAAUGCAAAUCAAUUUAUAACAUUUUUGACAUGCGUUUUUCUGGAUUUUUUUGUUGUUAUUCUGUCUCUCACUGUUCAAAUAAACCUAACAUUAAAAUUAUAGACUGAUCAUGUCUUUGUCAGUGGGCAAAUGUACAAAAUCAGCAGGGGAUCAAAUACUUUUUUCCCUCACUGUAUUCUAGAACAUAACUGAUCUAUUUCUAUGAUCUAAAAUCUCUUUAGACUCUGUAGCUAUAAGAGGAUAAACCAUUCCUCAUCCAUAUUCCGCAUCCCAAAUAGCACCCUAUUCCCUCUAUAGUGCACUAUAGUGGGCUAUAGUCAAACGCAGUGCACACUACAGGGAAUAGGGUGCCAUUUGGGACAUAGCCCAUGUCUGAAAUGAACAGAAAUGUUAGGCUGCAUUGCAAUGGAAAAAAAAUGAAUGAAUUUCUUAGUUCAGGAUCACAGUAUAAGUUAAUGACUCCACAAUGUGUCUUUCUCCAUGAAAUAUUUCAUUAUCUACGAUAACCUCUCAUCAUGGUAGUUUCAGAAUCUACGAGAACCUCUCAUGUUUGUUUCAGUAUCUAGGAGAACCUCUCAUCAUGUUCGUUUCAGUAUCUAGGAGAACCUCUCAUCAUGUUUGUUUCAGUAUCUAGGAGAACCUCUCAUCAUGUUCGUUUCAGUAUCUAGGAGAACCUCUCAUCAUGUUUGUUUCAGUAUCUAGGAGAACCUCUCAUCAUGUUCGUUUCAGUAUCUAGGAGAACCUCUCAUCAUGGUAGUUUCAGUAUCUAGGAGAACCUUUCAUCAUGGGUCGUUGGUGUUUCUUGACCACCGGGGAAAUUACAUCCGGGGAAAUUGAAAAAUACUACACCUGGGGAUCGCCAAGUAGAUUGUGCAUGUAUGUAGGAGACAGAUCUUGACAAGCUGACUGUGUGAUUGCAUUGUACAAACAAAUCCCAGUGUAACCAGAGUUUAAUUGCUGAGAGAAACCAUAUUUUUUAAUAAAUUACAACAGUACUGUUGUAUUUAGCAUUUCCAUAAUGAUUUGGUGUACAAAUGGUUUAAGUGCUCCAGAAAUAGGUGUUAGAAAUUUACCCUGAAGAACAAAAAGGACGCAAGAAAUGAUUUUUACCGGCAGAACAAAAAGAUUGCACACCCAUUUGUACAGUGGGAUUCUGUGGAUGAAAUGUCUGUGGAUUGGUGUUGCUAUUACCUGUGUGUCCCUGGAGCUGGGGACUAAGUCUGUGUUCCAAAUGGCACCCUGUUCCCUAUACAGUGCCUUAUGAGUCCUGGUCAAAAGGGAGUAGGAUUUCAUUUGGGACUAAAGAUUAUAUAAAACCCUGGGAAGAGACGAGAGAUGUAGUCUCAUUAGGACGGCAGUCUCAUCUGUACAGGGGAGCUACGCCACGUGUGUGUGUCCGUGUGUGUGUGUCUGUCUGUUUGUGUGUGUGUCCGUGUCUGUCCGUGUCUGUGUGUCUGUCUGUCUGUCUGUCUGUCUGUCUGUCUGUCUGUCUGUCUGUCUGUCUGUCUGUCUGUCUGUCUGUCUGUCUGUCUGUCUGUCUGUCUGUCUGUCUGUCUGUCUGUCUGUCUGUCUGUCUGUGUGUGUGUGUGUGUCUGUGUCUGUGUGUGUGUGUCUGUGCGUGAGUCAGUGCAGUGCCUGCCUGCUUGUGUGUGUGUGCAAGUAUCUCUGUGUGUGUGUGUGUGUGUGUGUGUGUGUGUCUGUGUGUGCAAGUAUCUGUGUAUGUGUGUGUGUGUGUGUGUGUGUGUCUGUCUGUGUGUGUGUGCUGCUCUGUGCUGUGUGAAGGCCUGACGUCAGCAGCACAGCCAGGCAGAGUGGAAUUGUGACACCCAGGCCUUUACUGCUUGUCAUUACUUACCUGGCUGAGGCUGGGUGGAAUACUGAUGAGGGCUGGGACGAUAAGGCUGCUUCACCCUGGUGUGCAGCUGCAGGGUCUGAAGAAAGGUGUGCAGCUGCAGGGUCUGAAGAAAGGUGUGCAGCUGCAGGGUCUGAAGAAAGGUGUGCAGCUGCAGGGUCUGAAGAAA